UAAUAUUUGUGUUCCCAUGGUUUAUGAAUGAGAAAUAGUCAUUGAUAUUUUUAUCCUCAGAUAAGAUAUUUUUAACCUUAUUAAACUUUCCAAUAAAUUUGAUACUUUUACAACUGUGAGCCAAGUCGUGCAUAUUAACAUUGGAUCUUGUCAAUCAACAGAUCAAUACCUCAAACUUUAUAGACAGAUAAUAAUAACUAAGUAGAGUUAAAACAGACUGACAGGAAUAAACUGCCACCUAGAUCUGACGAUGUGUUUUAGAGGUCUGAGUUAUUUACCAAUCUUGUUGGUAUUGACAUCAUUUGCCACAUUUAUUGUGUCGUAUAUUAUUGCCAUCUUACGACAUGAUGUAUCUCCAUAUUUUCCUUACAUAAGUGACACUGGUACCAAGCCACCAGAGAGUUGUAUUUUUGGACAGUUCCUGAAUAUAUCAGCUGCAUUAGCCAUUGCCACUAUGUAUGUUAGGUAUAAGCUGGUAUCACAGAUAUCUGUUGGAGAAGAUACAAAACUGGCCUGUUUAAACAAAGCUGGUCUGGUUCUUGGUAUUUUCUCUGCACUGGGACUAAGUAUGGUUGCUAACUUCCAGGAGACAAAUGUUGAACCAGUACAUGUGACUGGUGCAGCUCUGGUCCUUGGAGUUGGCGUAAUUUAUGCUUUUGUUCAGACUUCUUUAUCAUACCGUAUGAACCCUGACUACAAUGGACUGAGGAUCUGUAGAAUAAGAUUAGCUAUCUCAUGUAUAGCAUUAACAGCUAUGAUCAUAACAUUUGUCUCAGCCGUAAUAUCCAGAAUACAAGUACAUGGACAUAUAGAUAAAACAAAAUGGAAGCCAGAAGAUGGGGGAUUUACAGCCCACAUAAUCAGCACUAUAUCAGAAUGGGUGACAGCCGUUACAUUUCUCCUGUUUUUCUUCACAUUUGUCAGAGACUUCCAGAAAGUAAAGCUAGGAAUCAUAGCCACAGUUCUAGUCCGACAUUUAGAUGUUGAACCUACAGAAGAUAGCAGUGAACGUGUAGAUGAAAGACGACCACUCUUAUCUUGAUAGACAGUGGUAGAAGUACUGUGACUUAUUUGUGAUAAAGUGCCAUGCUUUACAGGCUUCAGUGAAAACCAAACAUAUCCUGUUUAUGUCAGUAAUGAGUAUUAUAGAACUAUGACAUUAUGUCUGUGAUCUACUAGAAAUUAAGAAUGUGUGUCAUUAUGCAGCUUUAUGGCAGUUUAAAAUAUAAACUUUCAUGCAUUCCUUUGUGUGCGGUCACUGUGUUUCCAAAUGUCAUUAAUGAAGAGGUGUCUCAAACUCUACCUCUCUAAGAGAUAGCUUCAUAUAGAUUAUUUUCUUGCUUGCAUCAACAGUCACAUAUUAUGUGGCAGCAGAGACUUAUAAAACUUGUGUCUCUGGAGGAAGUGAUUACAACCUUGGAUUGACACUUCAUAAACUAUUUGUAUAAAUCUUAAAUGUUUUAAAAGGUUUAUAAAAACUGGAUUCUCCCUUGUAUGUAGAUUAAAUUGAGAAUGGAAAUGUUUAUUUGUUUCAGUCUGUGGUACAUUAAUUGUCCUUGACCUCAUUUUCAUAGUUCAUUGGCGGUUUUAACUGUUUCUCAGAUAAGCAAUAGAUAAGCUUUAUUUGGUGUAUGGUAUACGUAUGAGUGUAAUAUGUACAAUUCUGUCUGGUAGCUUUCAUCUGAGCUUGACCUUUUUCAUGGUUCAUUGAACAAUGUUAAGUUUUUGCUGUCUGGUUUAUUUUUCAGAUACCAUAAUCUGACCUUGACCUUUAUUGGUCAAAGUUUUGCAAGGUAUUGUAAGUUUAUUAGUUAUUAUUUAUAAGCAAAACUUUAUUUUGUCUAUGAAAUGAUUGUAAGGUGUUUGGAUUCCAUUAAUAAGAACCUUUGUAUAAUAUAAGUAUUCAUUCCAAUACACAUGGCAUUAUG